AUGUUUUUCGAAUUUCUUUCCUUUUGCAUUGUUUAUGUCUUUUCUUUAAUUUAUUUCUCUGUUUCUUUCAUUCUUACAUUCUCUCAGUGUCUAUUUAAUCUCUUUCUUGCUGGCUUUAAUAAUUGUAUAUCGAAUUUCUUUCUUUUUCUUUUGCUUUCAGCAUUUCCUUCAUUUUCUUUCUUUCUUUAUUGUUUGCUCUCAAAGUUUCUUUGUUGUUUUUCACUCUUUCUUUCAUUGUUAUGUUCGUUUUUAUCACUCUCUUUCUUUGUGACUCUUUUUCCCUUUUGCUCAAUGUCCCUAUCUAUUUCUUCCAUAUAUCUUUUGCUCCCUGACAUAGCAUGCUCUCCCUUCCCAUCCAGUCUUUUUCUCGCCAUCUUUCUCUCUUCAGCCCACACCUUCAUAACUUUUACUCCCACUUCUCCCCUUAAUAAUCGUUUCUCAUCCUACCCUCGCACAUAUCCACUUCUUUUCUUUCUUUUUCAUUUUCUCGAAACGCCAAGCAAUAAAGAUUGUUUUUUUAUCUUUUUUAUAUUCUUUCUCUUCUUUUUCAUUUGUUUGUUUAUUUUUCUAUUAUUGUUUGUUGGUCGUUUAUUUUAUUCUCACAGACGCCUUCUUCACCUUCAUAUUGUCCUUCUUCUAUUCUUCCAAUAUUAUUUAUUUCCUUGUUCGGGGUUGGGGUCCCAAGGAUUUUAUCUUUUCACGGCACUAUUGGUUUUUAUUUACUGCCUCAUAUUUGACUUCCCUUCUUUCUUUUUUUAUAAUUUCAUAAUUAAUAUUACGCUCAUCUUCUUUUUCUCUUUCCUAUUCUUUCGGUGGUUGUUUCUGUUGUCUUUCUUUCUUUCUUUCUUUCUUUCUUUCUUUCAAUAA